GGUGGUGGAGGCCCCAUCAAUCCUGUUGGCAUCGAGUUCUGCUUGUUUUCCUGUGCUCACAACUUUAACUUGCAUGCAAUUGGCCUGUUGUACUUUUUAUAUGAUUAUGUUAUUAUAUAUUACUGACUGCAUUCCCUUCUCCCAGACUUCACAGUUGAGGUGUUAGAGCAGCACAUGUCUACAGUGUUUUCACAGGCAGCAACAGCUCAGAUAUUAAUACGUUCUCCUAAUUGGAUUGACCCUUAAUGAUCUGCAGAGGUUUAGAGAGACAGAGCACUGUCUUUCUCAGUAUAGACGGUUCUCUGCUACAGACAGUAAGAUGAAGGACCCCCAACUACCAGGUUACAAAUUCCAGAAGACAUGUCCAAAGCGAUUUGAGGAUAAAAAAACAAACAACCAAACUGUGAUCAAACCCACCAGACCUCCACUGCUGGGGUCCAGAGCACCAGCUAUAACAGCAGAGCAACAAAUGAAGCAAACACCGUUUGAAAGAGUUGUGUAUGACAUGUCCCACAAUGAAACAGUCAUCAGCGACAUUAUUCUGGGCAAAAGGAUAGCCUUCUACGAGCUCAGAGGGGAAAUCGGCACUGGCAAUUUCUCGCAAGUCAGACUUGGUGUUCAUGCCUUAACUAAAGAGCGUGUGGCAGUCAAGAUUCUUAAUAAAAGGCGCUUGAACAAGAAGACACAAAUGUUAUUUGCUUCUGAAAUUUCCUGUUUACAAAGACUGUCUCAUCCAAACAUUGUGCGACUUUAUGAGGUGGUUGAAACAAGUAAGCACCUGUACUUGGUUAUGGAGUAUGGCAGUGGAGGAGACCUCUUUUCACGAAUCAGCACAAGGGGACGCCUGUCGGACUUGGAGAGCAAGCUCAGCUUUGCACAGAUCAUUUCUGCUGUUAAAUACAUGCAUGAGAGCAAUAUAGUUCAUCGUGACCUAAAGGCUGAAAACAUUUUCUUCACUACCAGCUACUGCAUCAAGAUAGGUGAUUUUGGUUUCAGCACUGUAAGUGGCCCAAGUGACAUCCUGACCACAUUUUGUGGCUCUCCUCCUUACGCGGCACCAGAGCUGUUUAAGGAGAAAGGUUAUGUGGGCCGUUAUGUAGACAUCUGGGCACUGGGUGUUUUGCUGUACUUUAUGGUGACUGCUACCAUGCCAUUCAAUGCUGAAAACCUGGGCCGUCUAAAGCGCUGCAUCUUGCAGGGCAUCUACACCAUCCCACAGUACGUUCCUCAGCCCUGCCAGCAGACCAUUAAAGGAAUGCUAAGGCCUGUUCCUCCAGACCGCAGCAGCAUUUCCCAGAUCAUGACCAGUUCCUGGAUGAGUGGCAUUGAGUACCCAAAGCCUUUUCCUUGCCUCAGUCUGACACCCAGUCACCUGGUGGAGCCCUCCCAGGGCCUGAGUGCAGAGGAGGAGGAAGUCAAGUUAGUGUUGAAGGACUUGGGAAUUAGCAGCAUGCACCUGCAGAAUAACACUUGCGUAGACUUGUGCAGUCCCAUCACAGGAAUAUAUCGUAUUUUGCUGCAUGGCAUUCAGAAAAGGAGAUUGGUGGAGGCUGUGGGAUAUUCAGCACUGAACCCUGAAGAUUUAUGUGACAGGAAGCAAUGGAGCAGCAAAUAUGACCCCUCCACUGUCUGUACUGUGCUGUAAAGAAUCAUUGCACCAGAUAGAAGAUACUUGUAUUGCACACAGGAGACAUAUAGGAAUUGUACUGAACUCCAAAAAGCAUAUUUUUCAAAAUCCCAUUGCAUGUAUACAUGUGUAAAGGAAGUAAUUAAUAAAUUUCCUGUCUCUCUAGGCCAGUAUGGUUAUAUGCUUAUAUGCAUAUAUACUACAUUCAGAAAUUACUGUAUGUAUAUGUACAGUAUUUCAUUACAUUUUUUAUAUUGUGCAUAGAAAAAUGACUUACAUGAACUACAUUUUACAUUUAAGAUUAUGUAACCAUACAGUAUAAAAGAGGUCGAUACCUUUAUAUUGAUGCACGCUAACCACUAAUAAAUUACAGUGCGGUGUUAAAAUAAUUAAAUACUGGAAUUCAUUUUAAGGCCUGAAAGUGACUUGUUAUUGUACAUCUGUAAACAAAAGAUUAAAAACCUUCCCAAGGCAUUGGGUAGUAGUAACUGAACUCUGCUCAUAUGAAGUCAUACAGAUAUAAAACAUUAAAUAGUCUAUGUGUCUCAGAGUCUUCUAUUACAACCCCAUAACAAGAA